AUGACAUCUUCACUCACUGGUGUCAAGGCGCUCGUAUUCGACGUUUUUGGAACAGUAUUCGAUUGGCAUACGAACGUUACAAAGAUUCUUGCCGCCCACGCACGUCCAGAAUCAACCUUAACCGGUGCGCAGUGGGCCCUGUUUGCUCACAAGUGGCGCCAAGGGAUCUUUAUCUAUCGUCGCGCAGCUGUCGAACGUGGGAAAUACUUUAGUCCGGAAACAAUCUACCUGCGGACUCUUGAAGAACUGGUGAGAACAGAAGAUGUCAAUGAAGGGUGGGACGAAGCAACAAUGAAGGUUAUUUCCGAAGCAUGGAAAGCACAGACCCCAUGGGAGGACACCCCGAUAGGAAUGAAAUCACUCAAGACUAAGUUCAUUGUCGUAGCCUUAUCUAAUGGCUCAGCAAAAGACUUGAUCACUAUGAAUCGUGCUUCUGGGGUCACCUGGGAUUACAUCUUGACCUCUGAUAUCAUUAACGCAAUCAAGCCAUCCCCAGAGGCCUACAAAGCUGCCAUCCGCCUUCUUGGACUGAAACCGGAAGAAAUUGCAAUGGUCGCUGCUCAUGAAUACGAUCUAGAAGCAGCCAAAUCUCACGGGAUGAAAACGGUUUAUAUCGAUCGCGACACCGAGGAUACUAUGAUAGACAAGAGUACCCUAAAAGGUCGGUUUGACCUGUUUAUUGAAAGUGGGGGGCUCCAGCAGCUUGCAAAAAAACUGGAGAGUCAGCCUGAAUAA